AUGGUAUACAACUAUAAUCUCCCCACGACAUCCCACCUAUCUUUCCAAAACUACCUCUACUCCAGCACUCACCCAUCCCUCCCGCAAGCAGCAUCCACAGCCCGACACGCACUGCGCAUCGCCCUCAAAACGCACAAGCGCCUCUCUGCGCGAGAACGAGAAUCACAUCUGCAGAAUAUUUUGAAUGCUCUGAACGAGUAUAUCCCCUACCUCUUCGCAAUCAACGAUGGACUGAGCGGCCGAGGCAUCAAAAGCGGGGGCGGGGCCGGCGAGGAGGAAGUCGAUAUCACGCUCAAAGAAGAAUUCAUCGUGGAAUGGCGGCCGGUGCUAUCUUCUCUCGCGUCAAUACUGAAAUCUGCAUCUGUAGGCGGAGGAGGAACAAAAUCAGGGGGAGGAGGUGGCAAUACGCGAAUCAGAGGUCGUGGCAUCGAUUUUGAGAUUGCUUUCGUGAUUGGCACUUUGGGCUAUGUGCUUUCGGGCCUGGCGCGAGUUACUCUCUUGCGUACAUUGUAUGCUUCAUCGACGCCAACCGCUGAGCAGAGGGCAGCAGCAGUACAGAACGCGACGAAGUUACUGCUCCAAGCUAGCUCUGCUCAUACGCUGAUUGCGACGUCUCAUAGUACUUCCGACGAAGCCAUUGCGCAAGAUAGCAGCAGCAGCAGCAGCAACAACAAUAACAAUAACAAUGCCUAUGCCGCACCGCAACUAAACACAAUGGUGCAGACAGCACUUGCUUCCCUGGCUCUCGCAGAGGCAACGCUUCUGGCAGUUCUAAAGGAUGACGCGUAUACAUUCACGUGUAUCCAAGCACGCAACCCGCUGGACAAGGAAUGGAUGGUACGGGCGCCGCAGAUCCCCAAAGUCCGAGCAUUACUAUUCGCGCGACUCUGUGUACGCAGUGCUGAAUACGCGGAGCAAGCUGUCAGUGGUCUUGGUUCUGCAGGCGCCGGUGGCAGGACGGGCCGAGGUACUACAACCAACACCACCAAGGUCGACGAGGAUCUGCUCAAAUAUGUGCAGACCGUGGCCAAAGUUGCGCGCGCAAAGGCAUGUCGGUUUUUUGCAGUAGAUGCAGAAUUAGCCGGAAAAGUUGGUGAGGGUAUUGCGUGGCUGAGAGCGGGCAAAGGGGCGCUGGGUAUCAAGAAAGCCCUCUUGCCCGAGGGGGAAAGUGCAGGGAAAUCGGGGACAUUCUCGAAGCUCAAAAAGGGAUGGGCAGAUCGUCGGGAUGAGCGUCGACUAGAGAAGAGUAACUCGGGUAGUAUGGCGGUAGUCCAGGGUGAUGAAUUGAGUCGUGGUGAUGAUGCCGGGUGGGAAGAGGAAAGUCGCGUGAUUGAUAUGUUGGAAUCGAAGUGGGUUAAAAUGAAUAAUACGAUCAACACCCAGUCGAUUCCAGCUUCAGAACCACUCCUUUCGAACCUCCCAUCCGGAAGAGACAUACAUACCGCUCCACCUCCGUACAAACCUCCAUCACUAGACGAGAGCGAACUCAUCCGCAUGCGCGCUCCUCCAGAUGAGGCAGACCCGGCAAUAUCUUCCCUAGCUCUGGAUGAUAGUGACGAAGAUAUCAGUCCGUCCGACGAGAAGGAUCCUCCCGGACCGAGAUCUGCAACAACUGACAGUUAUUAUUAG